AAUAAAAUGUGUGUGGAAAACGUUAGAAAAUUCAGAAGUAAGUUCAUGUUUGACAGAGUAAGUUUUACCAAAACUAACUAGAAUUUUGAAUACGUCAACUACUAUUAGUUGAAAAUGACUUUGAUUCAGAAAACUUUGUUAUUAUUUCUUGUCAUCUAUUAUUUUCAUGGAAAUCAUGCAUUGAAGUUACAAGGUUCAGCAGAAUAUUUAAGAAAUGAUCUUAAUCUGCCAGUUGGCUUAAUUGAUGAUAUAGAAAAUGCUUUCAAUGAAGAAUUCAAACAUGCUAUAAAAAGAGGUGAAAGUAAAUUUGGAACAAAAAGCAAUCAUUGUCAAUUUUCUCAACCCCAUGAAAGGUUUGAAGAAUUUAUUAAUAGUAAUAAACAGUCUAUUGAAAAUGUAUGCAAAGUGAAAAAAGGUAUUAAAAAAUUGUUGCAUAUGAAAUCGCCUUGUUAUUCCAAUUUAAAAAGUUUUUUUAGGGAAUAUGUUAACACGUUAAUUUUUAAAGAAUUUAUGAAUUGCUCUAAUUCUAAUAAAUACCAUAAGGAACUAAGUAACUAUAAGAAAACGAUAAACUCUUUGAAUAAACAAAAAAAUAAAUUAUUCGAAAAAAUAAGGACAAGAAAAGAAAAAUUAAAUACAUUAAAUGAAGAAGAAAAUUUGCAUUUAAAUAGUGAAAGCGUGGCAUCAGAGUAAGUCAGAUGUAAUUAGUAUACCAACAACGCCAAUUUAUGUAAAUAUUACUGCGUUCAGUUGACCUAUGCUGCAUACAGGAUGUAUUUUUCUAUGUAACAUUGUAUGUAACUUGUAAAAGUAAUUAAUAAAAAAAAGUUAUUAAAAAAAAACUUA